AACUACCACAACCACAUUCACCUUCACUCUUUCAUUGUGUGACUUGGUUAUAAACAACAGCAAGUCACUUUUCUCUCCACACUCUGCUAAUUACGACACCACUCGCGUAUCUCCGCCUGCCCCACCAGCAGCACCAGUAUCAUCAGGAAGGACCACUCAUCUACACGCGCGUUCCCAGUCUGCCAAGAACCCCCAGCCAAAACCGGACAAGCUCAUCACCCCCCGUUCUCCAACAACGAUGAACAACCGCCCGCACAAGCAGAGCAUGAGCGAGCUCAAGCUCCGGAGACUGACGGAGCACAACCAGCGGUUGAAGGAGGACUUGCAGCGCCCCCGGAUGAGGGUGAGCGAGGCUGCGACCAGCUUGAUCCGCUACUGCAGACAGACGAAGGAUUACCUCGUCCCCUCCGUCUGGGGCCCCGUCAACAAGAAUGAAGACCCGUAUGCGGAUCGCGCUGCCUCCCAAGGCUGCUGCACCGUUGCUUAGACUAGAUUUCCAUGUUCUCGAAGUUCUCGAAGUUGGGCCGGGCAUCGCGUGAUCCCCAUGCGGGCUUAGGCGGCUAAAAGCCCUGCCUUCACUUGCGCUGCACCACUCUCCCCACUACUCGUUAGGAUUGGGUCCCGUCGCUCCUUUCUGCGUUUGCGCUAUGUAAUCCUUCGUCUUCCUUUGACUCUGUCUAUCUUCCCCUUGGGCACCAUUAUCUCGGAUUCUCCUGUCGUCGUAAUACCAUUGACGGUCGUUAACAAGAUU